CUGUGCAAAAAUUAACCGAGAGAACUUCCUAUCCAUGCGAGUGAAGUGAACAGAGCAGCCAGCCAACUAAUCCCCCAACCAUCAUCAACAAACCCAUUUUCUAGCGAUAUCACCAUUAAAUCGGUAGGUCUCACUCUAGUAUACAACAAUCUCUACAAUUGCCAGCCAUUCCUCUCGAUUCCCCGAUUUUUACACGCUUUCACCGACCGAAUACUUCCGUAACGAACCAUACACCAUUCGCGCGCGCACUCACCUCCGACCUCUACCGAACCCGCUCGCUAACUUUUCUAUUCAGCAAUCAUGGGUAAAGGCAAGCCUCGUGGUCUCAACGCGGCCAGAAAGCUCCGCACCCACCGUAAGGACCAGCGCUGGGCCGAUCUGGGAUACAAGAAGCGUGCUCUCGGUACCGCCUUCAAGUCUUCGCCGUUCGGUGGUUCUUCCCACGCCAAGGGUAUCGUCCUCGAGAAGGUUGGUGUCGAAGCCAAACAGCCCAACUCGGCCAUUCGAAAGUGUGUCCGUGUUCAACUCAUCAAGAACGGCAAGAAAGUUACUGCUUUCGUUCCCAAUGACGGUUGCUUGAACUUCGUCGAUGAGAACGACGAAGUCCUCAUUGCCGGUUUCGGUCGUAAGGGCAAGGCCAAGGGUGAUAUUCCUGGUGUACGAUUCAAGGUCGUCAAGGUGUCAGGUGUCGGUCUGCUAGCUCUGUGGAAGGAGAAGAAGGAGAAGCCUAGAUCAUAAACGAAGUCUCCAACGGACCGGGGAGUCAUGAGAGAUGAGGAUAAAAUUCUGUGUGACGAAUUCAAGGUUCACCAUUGGGAAUGUGGAGUCGAAAGGGCUUGCUUGAUUUUCUACCAGCAUCAUAGGUUCGGGCCUUCAUACACACAAUCUUCCUAGGUUGAUCAGAUCCGGAAAUAGAGAUCUUAGUAUCAUCCAUCCAAACAACAAACUUAACGGACUUUUCUUUGCAUUGACGUGUAUGCUGCCAUGUUCCGGUGCCAUGUUCCUCGCUGCACAGAAGUUAUCGCCAGUCCUGGUCGGAAACAGUUUACUUUUUCUAUAGUGAACCGCUCUGUCAAUGAACUGAAUAUAAACAAACAAAACUCAACUUGAAAG